AUCUGUUACAUCAAGGUGAACUGGGAUGUGUUCAGGUAAAGGAAAAUGACUGUAUGGCAUCUGGAGAACUGAGAGAAAGGCAGAUAAAGGCAACAUUUUUAUGGCAUCAAUUUUGAUCAAGAGUAUCUCAAAUGGACGCAAUGAUCCGCCGGUGCCCUUUCCUGACUGCCGUGCCCAGCGUUUGCCUGCAGCUGGCUGGGAAGUCGUCGCUGGUGAGAUAUGCCCAAAAGUGCCCCGUGAUGAUGGACCUGGCCUCCAGAGCUCUGUCCUCUUCAGCCUCUGCAUCCAAAGGCACUCCAACAAAUGAUCAAAAGCAUGAGGUCAGGUUGCCCCCAGGCCACAUCACACCACCUGCUGGCCAGGCUGUGGGCUCCAAAUGCCCUUUUCUGGCUGCAGAAAUGGUGCAGAAAAACAACAGGGUAGUCAGAGAGGCCAGCAUGGAGCUGCAAGAGGACGUCCAGGAGAUGCACUCUGUCCACACAGGGAAAACAGAUUCAUCAGUUGUGGAUGUUAUCGAGGCAGACACAGGGGCCCCAAAGAACCUUUUUAAACCCAUAUCAUCCAAAGUGUCUCACCUGCUAAAGGACAAUCUGCCUGAUGCUGUCACCUUCCAGUAUGACAAGUUUUUUGAAGAGAAGAUUGAAGGCAAGAAGACGGAUCACACAUACAGGGUUUUUAAGACGGUGAACCGCCGUGCCUUCUCCUUUCCAAUGGCAGACGACUACUCGCAGUCUUUUCACCAGAAGAGAGACGUGUCCGUGUGGUGCAGCAACGACUAUCUCGGCAUGAGCCGUCACCCCAAAGUCACCCAUGCUGUCACGGAGACUUUACGGAAGCACGGUGCUGGUGCAGGAGGCACACGAAACAUUUCAGGGACGAGCAAAUUCCACGUGGAGCUUGAAUAUGAGCUGGCUGACCUGCAUGGCAAGGAUGCCGCACUGCUGUUCACUUCCUGCUUUGUGGCCAAUGACUCCACAUUGUUUACUUUGGCAAAAAUGCUACCAGGUUGUGAAAUCUACUCUGACGCUGGCAACCAUGCCUCAAUGAUCCAGGGUAUAAGAAACAGCGGAGUCAAGAAGUUUAUCUUCCGUCACAACGACGUCAGCCACCUUCAAGAGCUGCUAGAGAAGUCGGACCCCUGCACUCCAAAGAUUGUUGCCUUUGAGACAGUGCAUUCAAUGGAUGGGGCCGUGUGCCCACUAGAAGAGAUGUGUGAUAUUGCCCAUAAGUUUGGUGCCAUUACCUUUGUGGACGAGGUUCAUGCCGUGGGUCUGUAUGGGCCCAGAGGAGGAGGCAUCGGGGACAGAGACAGAGUCAUGCACAAGAUGGACAUCAUCUCCGGUACCCUCGGCAAGGCAUUUGGCUGCGUGGGCGGCUACAUCGCCAGCACCAGCGCCCUGGUGGACGCGGUGCGCUCCUACGCCGCAGGCUUCAUAUUCACCACUUCCCUGCCCCCCAUGCUGCUGGCGGGGGCUAAGGAGUCCAUCAAGGUCCUGAAAAGCGAGGAAGGCCGGACGCUAAGGAGGAAACAUCAGAGGAGCGUCAAGCUGCUCCGACAGAUGCUGAUGGACUCGGGCCUUCCUGUGGUACACUGCCCAAGCCACAUUAUUCCUGUCCGGGUGGCAGACGCAGAGAAGAACACUGAGAUCUGUGACACCAUGAUGUCUCGUUACAACAUCUACGUGCAGGCGAUCAACUACCCCACUGUGGCUAAAGGAGAGGAGCUGCUGCGCAUCGCCCCCACACCGCACCACACCCCUCAAAUGAUGUUCUACUUCGUUGACCGCCUGGUGAAGACGUGGAAGGAGGCGGGCCUGGAGCUGAGGCCGCACUCCUCAGCAGAGUGUGACUUUUGCCAGCAGCCUCUUCACUUUGAGCUGAUGAGCGAGAGGGAGAAGUCCUACUUCACAGGCCUCAGUCACAUGUUGUCAGCAGUCGCCUGAUGUCACAUAAAACACUGAAUCCCAGCAAGCCCAGACUCCUGGUAUACAAGCUAUUUAUUGCAUUUUAAUAUUGAAUAUAAGUGGCCGCGUUUGUGUUCUGUGUCACCAGUAAACGUGUGGGUAAAGUGUUCAUUUACUCCUGUGUGUUCAUUUUAAAUGUGUUAA